AUGACCCGAGACCGACACGCAAGCCGUGCGAGCUUUGCAUGCGUUCGCUGCAAAAAGGACAAGAGACGAUGUGACAUCUCACAAAUCCUUGGUACAGGAGAUCAACCGGAUCGGUCAUGCACGGCAUGCCGCAACAAGAACGAGAAGUGCGAGGUCCGGUACGGCGAAGACAAGCGCAGCCAACGCCAGCCGAACGAAACCAAGGUCCUCCAGAGGCGGAUGCAAGCUCUCGAAGAGUUUGUGAGAAACGUUGCCAGGGCUGACGGCAAAACCCCCGUGCCAUCCAGGGACAACAACAUCGACGCCAACUCCCUGAUGGAACAGGUCCAACGGGAUUUCGAAGACUUUCAAAAUUCUAGAACACGCGCGUUUCCGAGUCCCGCGAGUUCCUCGAGUCCGAGUGCGCACGUGGCGACAAUAUCGAUUACUCCCCAGAAGACCAACAUGCCUGGUCAACAACACCUUUAG